AUUUAUUAUGUUUUAUAUUCUUUUGUUUUUUCAAUUUCUCUUUUUUUCCCGUUAUAUUAUGUUUAUUAUUUAUUAUUUAUUAUGUUUUAUAUUCAUUUAUUUUUUCAAUUUCUCUUCUUUUUUCGUUAUAUUAUGUUUAUUAUUUAUUAUUUAUUAUGUUUUAUAUUCAUUUAUUUUUUCAAUUUCUCUUUUUUUCGUUAUAUUAUGAUUAUUAUUUAUUAUGUUUUAUAUUCAUUUAUUUUUUCAAUUCCUCUUCUUUUUUCGUUAUAUUAUGUUUAUUAUUUAUUAUGUUUUAUAUUCAUUUAUUUUUUCAAUUCCUCUUUUUUUUCCGUUAUAUUAUGUUUAUUAUUUAUUAUUUAUUAUGUUUUAUAUUCAUUUAUUUUUUCAAUUUCUCUUUUUUUUUCGUUAUAUUAUGUUUAUUAUUUAUUAUGUUUUAUAUCUUCAUUUCUUUUAUUUCUUUGUCAUCUUAAUAAAUAUCUAUCUUUCAUUUCUUAUGCUAGUUGACAAUAAUAAAAGGCAUUUCUUUAAUUUUUUAUAUUCAAUGUCACUAGUCAAUAUCACAGUCACUUCCUAUUUGUAGUUGUAGACUGGGGUCCGCGCUUUGAACCAAGAUCUGUUAAGCUUUCCUACGCUUUGAGUCAAGCUUUGCUGAGCUUUGUCAGGCUUUGUCAGGCUUUGAUACGCUCUCGGCGCUUUAUUCCAUCCUUGACAGAGCGCCAAAUUUUUUAAAACCGUUUAAAAAAUGUUGGCGAACUUGCCGCAUGUCCCGCUUCACUACAAGCUUUCCCACGAUCCAUUACGACCCUCACGCUUUAAUCAGGCUUUGUUACGCUUUAAAGCGCCGUCAAAGCGCCGUUGGUGUGAACCUAGCAUAAAUGACUCAAAUGUCCGGCAUUUUGAGUAUUGUUUACACAACGUGCAGUACGCUACUUAAUAUGUCCGUGUGGAAACUCGUUCGGUACACCUCUGCACCGAACCGAAACCCCUGUACCGAAACGGUUCAAUACAAAUACACGUACCGUUACACCCCUAUUAAUACAUAAUAAAUGUUUCGUAAAUAAACUGUCAAUAAAAUGAAAGUGUGUAUGAAAAUACAGCUUCACUUUAGUCAUAGUUUUUGCGCUUAAGAAACUUCUCAAAGACUUGAGCUCCAGUCUUCUUCUGUUUGUUUGAGAUUGUCACUACUGCGACAAGUGGUGGAAAAUUGUAUUACAACUGAGUACCGCUGCGACCCGUAAGGACCACAGCUGAGAAACAGCCCUAUGGUUAAGAAAUACUGGUUUAAACCCAGACUGAAAGACCUCUAAAAUGUCAUGGUCCCCUGAAAAAGUGUUUAACUGGGUAAAAAAAACAUAUUUGAAGGGAAGGGCAGUUUAGAAAUGGGCCUCAAAUGAGCUAAAACAGGAUUGCCCAGACCAGGUUUCUUUAAAAGGGUUUUAACUAUGGCAAGACAAACUGCUAUUUGAAAUGUUAAUAACAGGCUGUCCUAUGCAAGAAAAACAUUGGUUUUAAAUGCAGGAGAGACCGCAUCGUGGGGGACCCUGAGGGCUUCACAUGAUUGACUAACUCUUGUAACUGUGGCAGCGUCACUUGCUCAAACUGAUUAAACAGAGCAGAGUAGUGAAAGGGGACACAAGGAUCCGAGGUCAGAGCAGAAAAACCAUUGCACAACUCAGGAGAUAUUGGAACGGUACCCGUGGGGCGAUUGGUGUGCUCAAGCCCCGCAUGGUGGUCACCUUUGCUCCCCUCCAUCUGACCACUGAGGUCAAGACGUCCGUGGAGAUGCACCAAGACUCUCUGCCUUAAGCCGUCCACCGGCUUCAACCGGAAGAACGCGUCCGUCAAGAAAAUCGGUCGCGGCUACGCCGCUGGUGACAGCAACAACAACCCAUCAAGGGCCCUGGGAACUUCAACGCUCAGGUGUGUGUACUCCCUCCUUCACAUACCAUUUGAUUUUUGACCUUUACAAUUGGCUGAUUCGUCGUCGUUUGUCUUUUUGUGGGUCAUCAUCCUGAACCACCCUUUAAAACCGUGCAUUGGAUGUUCAAAUGCGCCAAAUUCCACUAGAAAGAAAGCCGCUAACUAAUAAAAACGUCUUUGAAAAUAAUUGACACACCUGUCAGGUUCUUUUUAUGCCAAAGAAAGCCUUUAGGAUGUGUGCUGGUCUAACCUGUGUCUUGAGUUUUUAGGUUCUUUACACCGGAAUUUAGGUCCAACGCCCUGGCGGAGACCACUAUAAAAGGUGUGCAGAGGUAAUACCUACUCUAUUUUGUCCCGAUCAGGAGUCUGUGUCUCUUGUUUAGUGCCUGUGUUGCAGGUAGGUAAUUUUACUGAAAGAUGCUGAAUGUUUAAUUGAAGGCUGGUAUGUUUAAGUUAGGUUUUUAACUGGAUUGUAACCUUUUGGUAGUAUUUAUGCAUUUACAAGCACAGGACUCACUAAACAUGUCGUUGCUUGAGUGUAUGGUGUUUUUUUUAAUUUAAUAUCUCCCGCUUCUAUUGAGCGUAAGUGACAAUAACGAGUUAUAACCAUGUGACAGAGAAGCCAGCUUAAAUGCCGCCCAAAAAGAUCCACAUCAACAUGGUGGUCAUCGGCCACGUCGAUUCCGGCAAGUCCACCACCGCCGGCCAUCUCAUCUACAAGACCGGCAGCAUCGACGAGAAAACCAUCAAGGAGAUCGAGAAGGAAACUCAAAAUAUGGGAAAGGGCUCCUUCCAGUACGCCUGGGUCCUGGACAAACGGAAGGCGGAGCGUGAGCGCGGCAUCACCAUUGACAUUGCUCUGGAGAAGUUGGAGACCGACAAGUACUCUAUGACAGUCAUCGACGCCCCAGGGCACAGGGACUUCAUCAAGAACAUGAUCACCGGCACCUCUCAGGCCGACUGCGCCUUGCUGAUCGUCUCCGCCGCCGCUGGCGAGUUUGAGACCGGCAUGUCCAAGAAAGGACAGACCCGCGAGCACGCCCUGCUGGCCUUCACCCUCGGUGUGAAGCAGCUCAUCGUCGGUGUCAACAAGAUGGACUCCACCGAGCCCCCCUACAGCCAGGAGCGUUUUGAGGAAAUCACUGAGGAAGUCAAAACCUAUAUCAGUAGUAUCGGUUACAAGACCAACACCGUUGACUUUGUGCCCAUCUCUGGCUGGCACGGAGACAACUUGCUGUCGCAUAGUGAAAAGAUGAGCUGGUUCAAGGGCUGGAAUAUUGAGGGCCCCGUGGGCAGUGGAACCACCCUGUACGAGGCUCUGGAUGCCCUCCGUCCUCCUCCUCGUAUCAUCUCAAAGCCCCUCCGUCUGCCCCUGCAGGACGUCUACAAAAUUGGAGGUAUUGGAACAGUCCCUGUGGGCCGCGUGGAGACCGGUGUGCUGAAGCCCGGCAUGGUGGUCACCUUCGCUCCCCCCAACCUGACCGCUGAGGUCAGGUCUGUGGAGAUGCACCGCAUCUCUCUGAAAGAGGCUUUGCCCGGCGACAUUGUCGGCUUCUACGUGAACAACGUGUCCGUCACAGAAAUCCGGCGUGGCUACGUCGCUGGUGACGAAAACGACCCACCCAAGGCGGCUGAAUACUUCAACGCUCAGGUGGUGGUCCUUGACCACCCUGGCCGGAUCAAGGCCGGCUACACACCCGUGCUGGACUGCCACACAGCUCACAUCGCCUGCAAGUUCCAGGAGCUUCUCAAGAAGAUGGACCGUCGUUCCGGCAAAGCGUUUGAGGACAACCCUGAGUUUGUCGGGUCUGGAGACGUCGCCAUUGUUAAGAUGGUUCCCCAGAAGCCCAUGGUGGUGGAGACCUUCUCUUCGUACGCUGCCCUGGGUCGUUUUGCUGUGCGCGACAUGAAGCAGACGGUGGCCGUCGGCGUCAUCAAAUCCGUUGUGACCAAGGAGUAGUGUUGUCCCGAUACCAAUAUUUUGGUACCGGUACCAAAAUGUAUUUCGGUACUUUUCGAUACUUUUCUAAAUAAAGUG